AUGAACGGCAAAUAUAUCACAACGCUCCUCUCAUUACCCCUCGAAAUCCGGCUUCAGAUCUACCGCUGGCUUCACCUUAUGAGUCCCGUUCGUCAGCUCCCACUCGCUCCAGGGUAUCCAACGCUCGUCCAUUGCCAAUACAUCCUCCGGCGCGUCGUCCACAAUACCGACUUCCCUCCCGACUACGACACAUUACCUAGCAUCGCAAGCUUACUCUCGCCGUAUAGACCGCUAUCCGUCCUCCCGACAAGCCUUCUACAAACGAAUUCACAAAUCUACCACGAAGCACGUCUUAUUCCCUUCAUGUAUAACGAAUUCGUCUUUGUUAACUGGUUCGCAUCCGGACUCUGGACCGCUAGGGCAUUCACUCGUGCUUUAGCACCCUGGCAGCGUUCCGCACUACGCUUCGUGAGGCUAGAAGUUCUGGCACGGGACGUCCUCGGUAGCGCUGGACGUGAAGAAUGGCGCGCUUUGUGUAAAGAUUGGGCUGCUGGCGUGCGAGGAUUGCGGAUGAAGAUGGUGCUAGGUUCAAGCACCGUAUCGACGAUUCUAACGACAUCCGGAACGUCGGACUCGGGGUCGGGAGGAGUGGGGCCGCGCGCGGAGGCGGCGCGGCGGUGGGUUGUGGGGGGGCUCGGGAUGAUGAGGAGGUUGGAGAGCGUGGAGAUGGAGGUUGUGGCGCGGGAGAUGAGAGAUGAGGACAAGGUGAGGUGGUGUGAGAUGUUGGAGGAGGAGUUGAGAGGGAUAGGGCUGGAAACGGUGAAUGUUGUGUGCGUGGAAAAGGUGGUACAGGAGAAGAUGGAGUGGAUCAAGGCUAAUGUUUGGUGGAAGGCAUUAGUUAUCAGUUGGGGAGGGAGUGAGACUAGAUAG